UGCGAGGGUCGAAUGCCGCUCGACACGGCAUGCCGCGCUGCUAAUCUGAGAGACCAUUGUUGAAGAUCGGAUCCAGACCUGAGGGACAGGUUCGCAGCGCAGGCAUUGACUGGAGCGUCGAGUUCAUUCCACCAUGAAACAUCGUGAUCAAGCUGGGCGAUACAAUGAUGGGUACCGUGAUUCUGCAGAGGAUUCAGGGCGCCGAAGACAAGGAGGGAGAAAUUUCAUGCAGCAUGACGACAGGACCGAACGCAAUUCCGAUAGACAAGGCAGACAAAGAAACAAUGACGACGAUGAGUUUCGAAUGUGUGUGAAAAAGAUUAUGGAUGACUUCCUCAAGGGGGACGAAGUCAUCCUCUCGUUUCCACCUCAACUCACGGCCCGUGAAAGAAAAGUUGUGCACGAAUUUUGCGAGAUGAUGGAACUCGUCCACGAGUCUUCUGGUGAAGGAGAUGCUCGUCAUAUCAUCGUGAACAAGAAUGUUAACUCCGUGGAGGGGAAGGGUAUCAAGUAUGUUUCGACGGAGAACUUGAUGCGUUCGGGGGGAAAACCGCGGGCAUCUGGAGGUUCUAAGUUCUCUUCGAAUGAAGAGAAGGAGAAAGACAGUGCGCCUAGGGAGGUUGGGUUUGUUUGGAGCUUGAAGGAGAAUUAUGGCUUCGUCAGACAUGCUGACACUGAGGGCCAGUAUUUCUUCCACUUCUCCGAGCUACGAGAUGCCGAUCCAAGUGAGUUGACGAGGGGAUCAGAAGUAGAAUUUGGGUUGCAUCAGAGCAGGCCUGGCGAAAAGACCAUGGCCGUGCGUGUUGUGCUAUUGCCUAAGGGCACUAUCAAGAUGGAGGAAACAGUGCGGUCGGGUUUGGAAGGUGUGAUCAUUCGGGAGCUGCGGGAAAGUCGAUCGUAUGACAGGAGCCAGAAACGAGAACUGUAUGGUGGUAGAGUGUUGCUUCCUGCGGCCGAUGAAGGCCCCGAGGGGGAAGCUGGAUCUAGUGAUGCUGCUUCCUCACGCACUGGAGGAGGCAAGGGGGUGAAGGCAGGGAAAGGAUCGCAGGACUGGAUCUUUGGAGGGGAUGAUGUCUUGCCGAAGCCUGAUGGUGGACGAUACAUGCCUGCAGAGGGCGACAUGGUUCGUUUCGACGUUGUAUAUUCCCGAUCCUCGAAAUCAGAGAAGGCCACCAAUAUAUUGUUUGUUUCUAGUACUGCACAAAAGGGCGCCGUAAGGGAAAUGGGGACUGUGACCAUGGUCAAGGACAGUUACGGCUUUAUCAAAUGCUGCGAUCGAGAUGAGAGGCUUUUCUUUCAUUUCAGUGAGGUUAACCAGAGAGACCUUAUCCCAAGGGUUGGGGAUGAAAUCGAAUUCACAGUGCAAGCAGAUCGUGAAGGAAGGAAUGUUGCAGUACAGAUCACUCCCCUUCCUAAAGGCACCGUUGUUUAUACAAAAAUUCUUGACGGAAGGUUAAAGGGCACUGUAGAACGCCCUCUCAAGAUUCCUUCUUCGAAGAAAUCUGGAUUCUCGAAUUCGGGCCGAGGGAACAGUGAGGCUUUUGGCGGCACGAUCAAGUAUGUAGAUUCCGAAGGCAAGCAAGCCAAGAUACAGUUCGAUGGCUCGGAUUUGAACGAUUAUCGUGGACACUUUCCAUUCAUCGGCGAUGAAGUGGAUUUUCAAAUUUGCAUGGAUAAACCAACAAAGAAGUUGAGAGCAGUUGAUGUGAAAAUCAUCUCUUUCGGCGCUCAGGAGAGGGAGCGGGGGAUCAUCAUGAGAUGCAAAGAAGGCUUGAACUACUGUUUCAUCAAGUGCUGCAACCGAGAAGACCCAUUGUUUAUGCACCUGAGCGAAUUCGUCGGACCGGACUCAACUCCAGUACCCAUCGAUGAUGAAAAAUCUCACGAUUCUUCACCAGAGAACGAUGGGAAUGACGUCGGGGCAUCCGAAGGAGUGAAAUCUCCUGAUAAGAAUGCCGCGAGGACGGGGAAGAUCAACAACGGAGAUGAAGUGGAGUUCAACGUCUCCGAGAGCAAAGCCGACGGGCGUCUGAUGGCUGUCAGGGUCACGAAGCUUCCGCCAGGCUCAGUCAGCUUCGAAGAGACUCUCCCCGGCAAGUUCGAGGGGAUAGUUGAACGGCCGCUACCAGAGAACCGAGGCAUCCCCUCGGGAAUGAGCAAGAAACUCAAAGACAAAGACAUUGCAUUCAAGGGGCUGUUGCGGCCGCUAGAGCCGAUUGUGAUUGGCGAGACUGGAGAGGAGGAACCAAAGGCCCCUGAAAAUGAAAAUGAGGAGAAGCCGGUGAAGGAGAAGAAGAAGAGCUCGGCUAAGUCCAAGUCUAAGGAGCAAGAAUGUGAAUUCCUGACUUGGACGGCUAACGAUCUCGCCAAUCCUUCAGUCUUUCUUCACCAUGGGGACAAAGUGAACUUCACCAUCAUUUUGGACAAGCAGUACAAACGAUUGAGAGCUGCAAGCAUCACUCUAGCAGAAGCGAAACUAGGGGAGGGAGAGCAAGAGGCUUCUGAGAAGAAGGGGCCCCUCCUUGGACUCAUCGCAGCUGUGAAGCACUCGCACGGAUGGAUCAAGUGCAACCAGCUCGAGAACUUCGUCUACUUCUCUUUCACAGAUGUUGACCAUUCCACUUUGGCCAACGUCGAGCCGAACGAGGUGGAGCACAAGAAUUCACCGGGCGAUGUGCACGAGCAACAAGAGGACGAGAAUGCAGAGCAUGACGAGCACCAGGAGCACGACAAGGAGGAGGCAGGAGCUGCGCCCGACGGGCACGCGAAGCUCCGCAAACCGAAAGCGAAUGACGAAGUCUCCUUCUACCUGGUCUCUGAACCCUCCACUCGCGUUCUCAAGGCUGAGGACAUCAAGAUUCUGCCGAAGGGAUCGGUCGAAGUAGAAACUUUCAUGCCCACGAGGUUCAAAGGAGUCGUGUCCGGGCGUGCUGGAGGAAGCAUGGAGACUUUGCAUGCAGCCACAGGAGGAACCAUCAAGCAUGUUGAGGGCGACAAGGUCGAGCAACUGAAGUUCAGCAACGUCGAUGUCGAUGAACCUCGCCAUCUCAUCUUGGAUGGGCAGCACGUGGAGUACAGUGUGGCCGUUGACUCGAGCGGUGCGAAGAGGGCAAGACAUGUCGUCGCUCUACCCACCGAGGGCACGAUUCAAGGACUGGAGAAGAACUGGGGCCUUGUCAAGGCUCUGUCGUCUCCCCCUGAACUGGAUCGUCUGAUCGCGUUCGAGAGCACAGAGGUGGAGAAAGGCGAUGCGGGCAAGCUUGACAUAGGCAGCGACGUCCAAUUCUUCUACACCCUCAAUCCGAAGACCUUCAAAGACAUCGUUGCGGUCCGUCUUAAGCGCUACUACCGUCAGAAGGAACCGGAGCGCAUGCCGGAGAGGAUGAAGCGGCAGCAGGACGUAGCUCGUGUCGUUGCCAGGAUGGCAGCAGGUCCCGAGGAUGGGAAGGGCUUCUCAGCGCCCAUGACAAGAAGGCCGCACGAGGGAUACCCCAUCCUGGGAGGGAAGCUGAAGCCGCAGACCACACUCAACGCCAACGUGACGGAGUUCGUCCCCUCUUUCUCUGAGCCGACGCCAGUUCAGGGCGGAGCUCCUCAGCAGGUCUUCCCUCCUGCCAACUUCGCCGCGUUCCCUGUGGAGGCCGUCAUGCACGGUGGUCACUUCGCUCCUCCUGGGUUCAUCGUGGGUAUGCCGCACGGGGUUGCUCCUGCCAUGGCACCUGGCGUCAACCUCCCACAUCCCUUCAUGCCGCCGACAGUCCAUGCGAUGCCUCACCCCAACGGCGGGCCAGCAGAUGUAAAUAGUCUUGCUCCUCAGCAUCCCUCGUAG